AACUGUUUUGUUGUAGCUCACUUCAUUCAAGCAUAUUUCUUAAAGCAGUGUCUCAAGCGUGCUCCUGCUUUGAUUGUACCGCUGUAGUCAGACGGUUCAGUCAAAGGAAAGACUGCGAGCACUUUGUGUACCCUGCUGCUCCUCUGGUCACCUUGUCAGUCUGCCCCUCCUAGACCCAGGCAGGGGAGGGGUGGAGCCACGAAGACUGAGAGCCAGGACAGAGACAGCCGAUGGUGGCACCAAGAUGAGCGAGGUGGAGUCAGUGGGAGAAUGGGAUUCUGACCAGCAGACCGGGACCCCGUCCAAGUGGCAACAAGAGAGAGCUUCAAAGAAAAAUAAACCCAGAUUUGACUGUUGUCCUGUGUCGGAUCUGCUGCCCUGAGGGGAGAUAAUAUAGCACACACGGCAGGGUUUCUCUGCUCCUGUCUUCUUCACCCAGCGACUCCUCAUCAUGGUGGACCUGUUUGUUGAUCGGGUUCUUGUGAAGAACAACACGGAGCAGGACGAGCUGGACACAGAGCGCGAGAUCGUGACGCGUCUGCAGAACCGAAUCCUGAUGCUCUUCUUCGCCUCAGCUGAGUCUGAGACCUGCCAGCAGUUUGCCCCCACGCUUCACGACUUCUUCAAGCAGCUGACCGAUGAGUUCUACGUGGAGCGAGCCGCCCAGCUGGUUCUCCUCUACAUCAGUCUGGAUCAAUCAGAGGACCAGCUUGAAAACUUCCUCAAGGAGCUCCCAAAGAAGUCCCUGUUCCUCGCAUAUGAGGACCCAUACAGGAGGGAGCUUGAGAGCAUGUUCAAUGUGAAGGAGGUGCCCACAGUGUUGGUGCUGCGUCCCGACUGCUCCAUCCUCAUCCCCAACGCGGUGGAGGAGAUCAUCCAGCUGGGUCCGGACUGCUACCGAAACUGGCACGAGGCAGCCGAGCUCAUCGACAGAAACUUCCUCAUGAAGGAGGACUUUGAGGAGAAGUCCAUGCGCAGCUUCAGCGACCCCAUCAGAAGACUCAAGUACAAGGUGGAGGACGAGAAGAAAAACAAGAAGAAGAAGAAGAAGAAGAAGCAGGGCAGAGGUUGGGGUGGAGGCGGGGAGGAAGGUGAAGAAGUUGAAGCAGGAGGAGAAAGAGAUGAUAAGGAUGGAGGAGGGUCAAUGUGGUGAUGGGAAACCAUGAUUAUUAUUAUUAUUAUUAUUAUUAUUAUUCGCUGAAAUUUAAAUUUAACUCCUUAAUGAGUCAGAUGAUUAAAAAAAAAAUCUUUAUCAGAUGAAUUCAAGGGUGUGCUGAUCUCUAGGGCCUAGUGUGUGGACAUAAACACUAAGACCUGCAACAGUGCUCACAUCCCUUAAAAGCUUUUCUCGUUUUUCACAUUACAGCCAUUAAAUGUAUUUUUAGUGGGAUUUUAUGCAACAGACCAACAAAAACUAACUGAUUGUAAGCUGGUAGGAAAGCGAUGGGUUGCUUUAAUGUUUUUGUCACACAGUGCAAAAUUAAUCUUAAAAGUGGUGCAUGCCUGUUUAUUUAUCCCCCUUUCCUCUGACACCCAGGCAAUAGACCGCCCUCAGAAGUGACCCUAGUAAAAGGAUUUGACCUGUGUGCCAGAAAUCUGAUAAAAGCAGCUGUUUUGUGAA